ACCGAGGCCUCGGGGGCGGGCCCGGAGUCAGGUUUCCCUGCGUCACAGGGAAGUCCCCAUAAGAUACGAGCGCGGGCUCGCCUUGGUUCCCGGACCGCAGUGGUUGUCGGGCGCGCUCCAAAUCGUGUCUCCCGUGCGCUCCGCCCGCCCGCUCCGGCCAGUGCUUCCCGCGUGCAGCUCGCGGCAGCAGACCCGAGGCCCUCGGACCCGGGCCCUGAGAUCACCGGGGUACUGUCGCGGAGCCCCCGUCCGGUCUUGCGAGAUGCCUGGGAAGAAGGCGCGUAAGAACGCGCAGCCGAGCCCUUCGCGGGCCCCGGCAGGUAGGGAGCCGCUGGGGCCCGCGGAGAUCCUGGCCGGGGCGGGGGCGGGGGUCGAGGUCUCGGUCCGCGCGGGCUCAGCCAGCCUGCGCAGGGCCGCAAGGUCGGGCCAGGUCUGCGCCCUGAGCUUGCAGUUGAGUGUGCCAUUCAGCUCAGAAGGAUUGGAGACAAACUGAAUUUCCGGCAGAAACUUCUGGAUCUGAUAUCCAAACUCUUCCGCUUGGGAACCUGACUGCUUCAGGAGUUUUUGAAUGAGGAGAUUCCUUUAAAAUAGAAGGUUCCCCAGUAGGUGCAAAUUUCAUCAAUUAGAGAGAGAUUGCCUUGUAACGGAGAGAACAACAGGAAGGAGCUCUCACUUGCAUUCGGAUGCCUUUGGAAAUGAAGAUGGAUUACAUAAAAAAUGAAUUUCUGUUGGAUGGUUCCCAGAAGUCAGUCUCUUGGGAUAUGAGAACAUUAUAAAACCACUUUGCUUAUUUUAAAGUAAGAAUGGAAGAGCUUCUAAAAUAGAGAAUUAAUUAUACAUUUCAUUUUGCUUAGUGAAUUAUUCUAGCAUUUUUGCAGAAGGUUGCUGCCCAGCCUAAUGUUAGAGGAGUUGACGAAUGUUAGACUGUGGGCAGGGGCCAAGGAACAGAAUAUAUUCAGCGUUUGUUUCUACUUUCGGAUGAUGACUCCAGAACGAUGUAUAUUUGGUUUAUGUGUAUUAUUUGUUAGAAGUAAAAAAUUCCAUUUUGAGAACACUGAAUGUCAUAGUGAAUGUUGAUUUUAUAGGUCACUACAAAAUAUAAAAUCAUUUGAUAGUUUCUUUUGACUCAAAAUGUAUUGCUUGUCUUCAGAUGAUCUUUCAUUAAAUGUGUUUCUGUAGACUUUAACUGGAAAGUGUGUACUUUUGAACGAAUUUGAUAGAAGUAUAGAAGUGUUACUUGGUACCAGUAAAAUAUUUCUAGGUUGAAUAUUUAAAGACAGAGAGCAUAGGGAUAUUGUGUUAUCCAGAAUAAUGAAAGAAAAGUGACAGGCUUUUUACUGCUAUAAUUUUAGUAAAUUUAGUAAAAUUUAGUUAAACAAGGAUUUUGAAGUAACUGUUGGUAGGAAAAUGAAUGUGUUUCUAAAAUCUGUAAAAUGCCCUUUGUUAUAUUAGUCAGUAUACGGCCUAUAAGAAGUUAUCUUUUGAGAGAACUUAAGCAUGGGUUUCAUAAUUGGGAUAUGUUUUUUUAAAAAAGAGGAACAGAUUGCUCAACCAGAAUGAAAAUCCCAUUUAUAUACAUGAACAUAUAUAUAUAGACACAUAUCUAUAGCUAUAUAGGUAUAUAAUAUCUGCAUAUUCCUCUAAUGCAAGUUGCAUAGAGUAAUAAUGUAGAUUUUGAGAAGGAUUUCUUGAAUUUCAUUGUUUUAUUAUUGAAAGAUCAGGCUAACAACAAAGCCCCCAAAUAUGUAAGGUAAGAAAUAAUAAUGUCUUAAUUGAAUUUCAACAGGAAUAAUCUUAUUUAUUUUAACCUAUUUAUGAUUAAAAUAUUUUUUGUCUAUUUGAAAAUGUGUUAAAGUUGCGUUUUGGGAGUUAUGAGUCAAGGGUUUCAUAACUACUUGAACUCUUAGGGUAAGAGUGUUUUAAUAUAGGCUGUAGUCACUUUAGAUGAAAUUUACCUCAGCAUUUGUUUUUGUUUUUUUUUCAGUAUUAAUGCUGUUAGUUUAUUUAGUUGCAAAGAUUUUUUUUUGUCUGCCUAGAGGCAGGUAUUUUGCCAUCUGGAUAUUUAUGGUCUGUAACUGUAUUUAUACAUAUAUAUAUAUAUAUGCAUCUAAAACCAUACUGUAGCUUUAAACUAUUAAAAAUUAUCACCUUUC